CAUUUUUGAUCGCCCGUUAUAUGCUUUCAAUAAGCUUUCACGUACCAUCCUCCUAAUCUUAGAGAAGGAAAGAGUGUCUAAGCUCCUAAUCAUUAUUUCCCAUAUGUUAAGCGAUUUUCCAAUGUCUAAAAAGAUAACGGGCGAUCAAAAAUGAGUUGCUGUCGAGUCGCCUUUGGAAGUUCAAGUUAAGUACGAUUUACCAUGUAAACAAAAAUUCCAAAGGUGACUAGACAGCAGCUCAAUAUAAGGUGAAUAGUGUGCUGAGAAAAGAGAAGUGAAAAUCGCGCGUGGGUGUAGGAAUAAUGUAAAAAUUACAGAGACGAUUUUACGUUUAAUCUUUGAUUGAGUUAUAUUUAUUUAAGUGCGUUUUAUGUUAAAUCAUUAAACAUUUACAAUAACAAGCUACGCCCCUAAAAGCCCCAAAAUUCUUCGCCAAAGGUUCCGCUGGAACUCACGACGUUAGGUACUUAGGUUUUCGGGGAGAGGGGCUCUACUAUUACAGCAAUUAACCGUUUCUUCAAUGAAAUAGAGUUUGAGAUCAAAAUCUUUUGUCAAAAAUGAUCUCUAAAUCUUCGUGUUUGAAUUUCGGCCCAAGAAUCAAAAUUCAAGAAGCGUACUUAAAUAGGAUUUAAAGUGAGGAGUUAAAAAAAAGGUAUUUUGCUAUAACUUUUUUCGUAAGUGAAAAGAAAAUAUACCUUCCCUCGUGCAAGCCUUGACAGCGACACCGUAACGAACCAAAUAGCGACAAAAGUAGGACCUAUACCUCCUUACGAUAAAGAUUUGAUAGUGACACUGCCAUAGGGCGGACAAAGUGGCCACGACAAUACCCCAAUUUUAUUUUUGUGCAAAUGCGCUAAAAAGAGUUCAUUGCAAUUAGUAAACUAUGCGCAAAAAUCUUCAACUAGAUUUUAAAUGUAACUAUAGAUACAAUCAUUUAAAUGCACCAAGUGCCAAAAUGACUAAUAACGAAUAUCCACAAAUAAACGAUUUGGAUGAAUUAUUUGGGUUUAGUGCUGCAAGAAAAAGGGCAGCCGAGGCAUUAGAAGAUAUUUACAUUUAUGAUGAACCAAGUUUCAUACCUCACAGGAUUUUCCUUAAUUUGGUUGACGGAUUUAACGCCAAAUAUUUAUCAUCGUAUUUAACUGAUCAAAUUUAUGGCGUUAAACAACAAACUGAAGGUGAAGAGGGCGAAGGUGAAGGCGAACAAGAAGGAACCGAAAUUGAAGACACCGAAGCUACACCCUUACCUGCCCAUCGAACAAAGUACGAAAUGAUAGGGUCGUUAUAUAAGCAAUUCCAUAAAAAGACGGAAGAUAUUUUGUUCACUGUAAAUGAAACUGACGAAAACUUUUUGGAGAACAUCAUGAAGUGCGGUUUCGUAAUAUAUGAUAUCACGCAAAAUCCUGAUGAAAUACCCAAAGCUCUAGAUACAUUGUCAAAAAUUGAGAAUGAAAUCGAAAACUUAAAAAAGUUGGGUCCGAAAACUUUCAAGAAAAUCGCAGAGGUGAGAGUGUUCAUGCUCAUUUCGACCGUAAUGACGUGGGCUUUGACGAAGCCAAUUGAUCCGGAAGAUCCGAGCUUACCUUUCACCGAAGCUGACUAUAAAAAGAGGCGAUCUCAUCCAAACUACAAAAAGCACAUUGAAUGUGAAAGAGAAGUUGUUUCAAGGGGGAGGAAGAAUCCCGACAAGCUUAAAACUUACGUGAUAUGUUCCGGUAUAAUCUAUGGCGCAGAAGAAGAAGAUUUAUCUUUCUUAUUUAAGCUUGCAUGGAAUAACGAAAAGCAUUUGCCCAUUUUCAGGCCGGGAAAGAAUACUAUUCCGUUAAUUCACAUUCAAGACUUGGUCAAGGUUGUUCACGGCCUAAUGGAAAAUGCUCCUAGCAAACCCCAGUAUAUCCUAGCUGUAGAGCAAAUGCCUUCAACCUUAAAACAGAUUACUAAAGCCAUUAGCAAAACCAUUGGAAGUGGACGAACAAAGGAAGUAUUUGCUGAAGAAGCGUUUUUAUAUAAAGAAAUCACUCAAAGUCUAUACGAUCGAUACACGAUUAAUUUAACAAUGGAACCUGGAUUUAUUGUUGAAACAUUACAAAUUCAAUGGGAGAAUGAAAUUAACAUGGUUGAGAAUAUUGCUAAUGUGGCAAACGAAUUUAGAAAUACGCGUGGAUUGGUGCCCUUAAGAAUAAUCAUCCAUGGACCACCAGCGGUCGGUAAAACUAGAAUUGCCAUGCAACUGGCUGACUAUUAUGGUGUACACUAUGUCAAUGUUAAAUCUGUGAUUAAUGAAACGAUUCAAAUUUGGAAGGAAACUAUAAGUGAAGAAGUGGAAAAAGUAUCCGCUAAAGAAGAAAAACAAAAGCUUUUGGAUGAGGGUGGCGGUGAUGUAGAAGAGGAAGAAGAAGAAGGCGAAGAUGAAGAGGCGAUUGAUAUAGAGGAACUCUACGAAAAAAUUAGAAACAUUGAAACAGAACUUGAAGCCAGUGAAAAUGGUAAACUAUCGCAAGAGCAUACUAUACAAUUGGUGCAAACGUUUCUUAUGCAAAACAAGUUUAAAAAUCAAGGUUACGUCAUUGACGGUUAUCCCAAAACUAUAGAUGAGGCCAAAGCUUUAUUUGGAGGGACAGAUGAGGAAGGAGAAGGCGGGGAUGAAGAAGAAGAUGGUACGAAGCAAGAUUCACGACCCAAUUAUGUUAUUAGCUUGCAGGCCGACGACCAAUUUCUCUGUGAACGUAUCAUGAUUUUGCCAGAAAAAGAAAUACAGGGUACUCAUUACACGGAAGAAGGCAUGUUAAGGCGAUUGAAAGAGUAUCGCGCUAACAACACAGAAGCUAACACUCUUCUAAAUUUUUUUGACGAGUUAGAAAUACAUCCACUGGUUUUAGAUGUAAUGGAUGACCACACAGAAAACAUGGGGAGUAUUAUGAAGAGUGUAAUAGAUCACUUGGGCAAACCCAUUGGAUUUGCCCUUACUGUGGACCAAGAAGAGGAACUUAUACGUAUCGAGGAACAAAAGCGCGCAGAAUUAGAAAUGGAAGCGAAAUAUCAGAAGGAGAUGCUGCAAAGACAAGCAGUUGAAGAGCAUCAAAGUAAAAUGGAGAAAUGGUCAGAGUUACUUGAACAACUGCAAAAUGAAGAAGAAAAAGUUCUGAUAGCUCAGGCAGAACCUCUUCGUCAUUACCUAAUCAAGUUUGUCUUUCCAAUACUUGGAAAGGGGUUGGUUGAAGUGGCACGUCUAAGGCCAGAUGAUCCAAUUGAUUUUUUGGCAGAGUUUUUAUUUAAACAAAAUCCGGAAGGUCACAUGUUCGAUCCUUCCUACACUCGAGAAGGGAAAAGAUUAUCGGAUAGUUACAAACAAAAUAUCAAGGAACAAGUGCAUCUGAAUGAAGAAAAUGAAUGAAGGAACCAUUUCUGUUAUUAUUUAUUAUAAUCUCAAAUUGCUACUCUACUCAAUAUAUAGGAUUGUAUGUAUAUUAUAUAAUGAAUAAAAAUCUCAUAGUAACAAUACACGACUUCUAAUACGAUUAACUACCAAUAGCAGAAUUCUUCUUCUUCUAUAAACUUUCAACUGUAAUUAACAAUUG